AUGGAAGCCGAAUUAGAUUUAUUAAUACAAGAUCGAAAAUACAAGAUCAUAAAGCAAAAUCAGCCCAUCGCUACACAAACUCCACAAACGCCUAUUCCAUCGCCAAUUAAUUGCCAUUCUAAUGAGGAUGAUAGCAUUGACUCCGUAAAUCUAGAUCAGACACAGGUACAAGAUUCCAUUUCUCCCGAAGUUAAUUCUAAUAACAUCUUUGAACAGAUAGUCGAUAUAUCUUUUGAUAACGCGCCAAAUUCUGAAGAUAAGGAGAUCAAUGAUUUUCUGGAUCGAAAAGUAAAAGAAAAAGUUGGUAAUAUGAUGAGAGAUAUAAACAGGAAAAAGAAACUAUUACGAACUGAGGCACAAAGUACUGUUUCUUCCGAAAUAGUAGAAGCUAGUACAACAGUGCCAGACACGAAGUGCAAUUUCCCCGAAAUAAAAAUUCCCUAUAAUCAAAAAGUAGAACAAGGUUUAAUGCGUGAAUUAUCUGCUGAGGAAUUCGAAAAAAAGGUUAGAGAUAUUAGUUCAAAAAACAAUAUUAAUGAUCAAAUGGCAAGAACUCAGAUUUAUGAUGAAAUGGAACCAUAUCUUCCUGGUGUUAAGAGAGAAUAUUUGCGUAAAAUAACCCAAAAAGCUAAAAACAUCUAUACAUUAUUUAAUAUUAAAGGGAUAGGAAUAGAUAAAAUCGAACACAUUACGUAUAGUGCUGAUGCAAUUUCUACAAAUUCAAAAUAUAAAUCGAUUGAAAAAAUUUCUGAAUCAACAAAUGCCAGAAAGAGACGAAAAAUCCAUCCUGAGUACACUUUAUUUGGAAAUAGUUCAACGAAAUUAGAUGUAAUUAUAGAACUUCGAAGUUACAAUGUAGAAAUUUUGGAAAUACCGAAAUGUCAUGAUGAUUUAAGACCAUACUGGAAUCAAAAUAGAACUGAAGGAUAUGUUGGGCAAUUUACGCGACGUAUUACAUUUUAA